AUGGAGAGUUCUGGCCUCGGAGACGCUUCGUCGGUGUGCUCGGAGUCGAUCCGCGUGGCCAGUGGGGACAGCGAGAGCGAUGGGGAGAGCGUGGACAGUCUGGAGGCGAACCCCUCGAUCCCCUCCACGGAUCGGAUGGGCCCCUUGGACCCCUUGGAGAUUCCUGCAGAUAACUCUGCAGAUUUUUAUCGGAACUAUUAUGCCAUGAGCCCAACCUCGUUGAAUCCUUUCUACUUGGAUCAUCCCUCCUUGAAGCAUCCUGCAUUGAACCAACCCCCCAUCCAUCCUUCCCACUCCUCUGCGGUUUUGAUCGGGUUUGGAGACCCUGCAUCUUCAUCAUCAUCAUCUUCUUCUUCUUCUUCAUCUUCUUCCUCCUCCUUAUCUUCAGAUCAUUGCAAGGUUGCCGAGCUCUCGCCUCUCCGGAUGGUUCCCUCCGCCUCCGCCCUCAUCAGCGAGGACGUGGAGAACCCCACCUUCCUCAACGCGCGGCCUGCGUCCCUCCUACGCCUCGCUGUGCUCAUAAAGGAAGCAAUGGAGCCGGAGCCGCUCUCCUGGGUACAGAAGCUGGCCAAUUGCUUCCACUCGUUGAGAGGGAUGUUUAUGGAGUGCUGUAGGCAGCAGGGGAGGGAGAACGACAACGAAAUCAGGGAGGAUGGGAUGGAGUUGUAUCGGAUUAAUCGGGACCAGGAAGUUGACAGGAUCGGGUAACAGAUUGGGUAUCGGGUGUUGGAGGGAAGAUGAUAAAUUUUGUGUGCUCUUUUGUGCGUCUAAUUCGUGUGGAAUGAUUAUUGUAAAGUUUUUCCUUUUGUUUGUUAACGUGGUGGCUGGCCUUUAUCUCCCACCAAUAUGUCAUUUAUAGCUCUUGCGGAUGGCUUGCAUUUCUUUUUUGCGUAAUGAAUGAGAGAAUUUGU